AUGGCGGCUACUACUGCUCAUCUUAUUGCCAGUGAUCUACCCACUGCUGUGCGGUUACUGAACGGUCUCACAACAGGUAUUGCGUCAAUAACGAGCCAUGUACGGGACCUUAUAAAGAACGUCAGAGAGAAAGCUUUUCAAACAUCUAAGGGUUCGUCUUUUCUGGACUUGAGAAAUGGUAAUAUGCUACUGUUUUACUUGCAAGACAUUACACAUUUGAUGAGUUUAAAGACAGAGGGAGAAAGUCUAAAGGACAACAGCGCCACCCUCAGGCUGGUCACCAUUAGGACGGUUCUGGAGAAAAUGCAUCCCCUUGAUCAAAAGCUGAAAUAUCAGAUUGAUAAAUGAGUGCGGACAGCAGUCACAGGCAGCCUCACUGAAAACUACACUCUGCACUUUUGUCUUAAUCCUCAGAAUCUGGCCAGCAAGCUCAGUGAAUCAGAUGAGGAUGAUGAUAGAGAAAAGACAAAUGCAUCUGGGUUAAAAGAGCCCUCAGCCAGGAGGAUAUAUGUACCUCCUCGAAUUGCUCCGAUGCAUUAUGAUGGAGACAUAACAGAAACAGACAGGAAAUAGGAGCUUGUUGAUAAACAGAGGAGAGUGGCACUUCUUAGCUCUGUAAUCUAGGAACUCCAGCAGCAAUAUGCUCCUGAGGAGAUCAGAGACUGCAGAGACUUCCAGACAGAACGGGAGAGCAAAGAGGAGCAGCACAAUGGUCAUUUCUUAAUACUAUUGACUAUUGAGUCCAUGAUGGUCCGUCUGAACAUGACACGUGAGCAGAGGAUCAGGAAGAGAGGCUUGGUGGGAAUGACAUCACAGCUGGGUAACAUCACACGAUUCAGUGACAUCACUAUUCUGACAUGUGGAGAAGCACAGGACAUUGAUAAUCCAAAACCCAAGAAAAAGAAAUUGAUGAAUAAAAUGAAAUAAAAAAAGUUAUUUUUUUUAUUAUUUCAGUUUUCAUAA